GCCUGGCAAAGGCCAGCUAUAACGAGAACAGUACGCGGCUGCAGGACCUCAGAGCUCUUCUCAGGUUUGGAGUCCAUCAGGGCCCGCUCCUUGCUGGGCAGCCCUAACUCUGGACCAUCAGAGACAGGGCAGAGGAAUCAGUACAACCCCUUCUCUAGGAGGGAGGCGGUUGGUUGUUCUGAUCUUAAGCGCUGUUAGAAGAUCUGUUUUGAUCCAAACCAGGUGUCUGGGCCGAGUUAAUUCCACCCUGGAUCAAGCAAUUGAUCACAAGAUGUUUUUUUGGUUUGUGUGCUAUCUUGUGGUUGUGUGGCCGAUUUCUGGCUCAGAUGAGCGCUGCCCAGAGCUUCCCUCAGUGGACAAUAGCAUAUUUGUUGUAGAGGAGAUGGAAGGACAAAUUCUGGGGACUUACACUUGUAUGAAUGGCUACCACCUGGUAGGAGAGAAAAACUUGUUCUGCAGUGCCUCUGAGGGAUGGAAUGCUCCCACUCCCAAGUGCCACUUGGGCCACUGUCCUGCCCCUGUGCUGCUGAAUGGUGAGUUUAGUUCCCAGUUGCCUGUGAAUGUGAGAGACAAAGCGACGUUUCAGUGCCAUGAGGGCUACAUCCUCAAAGGCAGCAACUGGAGCCAGUGUGGAGAGGACCAGACCUGGGUGCCUCCCCUUCCCAUCUGCAAAAAGAGAGACUGUGGCCCUCCUGAGAAACCAGCUCAUGGCUGUUUUGAAGGAAGAGAUUUCAACUCAGGAUCUACCAUUACUUAUUACUGUGAAAAGUGGUACCAGCUGGUGGGCCCGCAGGAGCGGCAGUGCAUCGAUGGGGAGUGGAACAGCACACUUCCCGCCUGUGAAUUGAUCCAAGAAGCCCCCAAAUCAGCUCUGCAGACUGCGUCUGAGGAGGCGCUGCUUGCCUUUCAAGAGAGUAAGGAACCUUGCAAAGCCGUAAAGAACUUUGUGGAAAGAUUAAACGAAAAUGGUUUAACAAUGGAGGAACUAAAGUAUUUUCUGGAAAUAAAGAAAGCUGAGUUGAAGGUAAAAAUGUUGCCAAGACAUUGUAGCUGAGCUGACUGGAUAAUGGAAAUACACCUAUGAAUAAAUUUUCCCCUUGGUUCUGAAA